CCCUAUAAAAGAGAAGCCGUUGCCACGGAUACACAGCAGUGUUCUGACAUAGGAGAAAACAUCCUAAAGGCAAACGGCUCUGCAGUGGAUGCUGCCAUCGCCGCCAUGUUCUGUUUGGGUGUGGUCAGCAUGCACUCAUCAGGGAUAGGAGGUGGGGGAGUGAUGUUACUGUACAAUCAAACAUUAAAGAAAGCCACAGUCAUCGACUUCAGAGAAACUGCCCCAGCUACUGCCUACUGGGAUGUAUUCAGGGGCAGGGAGGAAGAAGCCAAGAAAGGUGGUCGGUCCAUCGCUGUUCCCGGCGAGGUGCGCGGUCAGUUCGAGGCUUGGAAACGACAUGGUCGGUUACCAUGGAAACGCCUUGUUCAACCCGCCAUCGACUUGGCCAAAAAUGGGUUUAAAGCAUCUAAAGCACUGGGUGAUGCACUAAAAACGACCAAAGGAAUCGAGGAAGAUAUCAGAAAUGACCCUGGUUUAAGGUCAGAAAUAUUCAUUAUU